CGCGCUGCAGGUCCUCAACAAGGCCCACGUGUCCAACUCCUGGGUUUGCAGGGGAGCAGUUCGGGUCAUCAUCACACAACAUAGACUCCAAGCGAUGGAUGUAGACAGCAGAACGGACCCCGGCGGUGCCAUGGAAGAGAAGGAGGAAAGCGACAUGCUGAGCACGCUGCAGCCGUACAUCGAGGGCCUGCGCCGGGAGCUGGAGUACCAGGAGCCCCGGCUCAUCAUCGGCCUGGUCGUCGCUCUGGCGGUGGUGGUCAUCACUGUCGUGUUUCUGAAGUACUUUCUAACGAGCAAGACUGUGCGGACCGCGGUGCUGCUGGUGGGUCUUUGUGACUCGGGGAAGACCCUGCUCUUCGUCAGGCUCCUCUCAGGGAAGUUCAAGAGAACCCAGACCUCCAUCACUGACAGCAGUGCUCCGUAUAAAGCCAAGAACGACAAGGCCAACACCUGGACCCUCAUAGACCUGCCUGGUCAUGACAGCCUGCGCUCUCAAUACAUGGAGAAGUUCAAGUCUGCAGCCAGAGCCAUCGUGUUCGUAGUGGACAGCGCCAUCUUCCAGAAGGAAGUCCGCGACGUGGCGGAGUUCCUGUACUUCCUGCUGACGGACGCGGUCGUCUCCAGGAACGCUCCCACGGUGCUGGUCGCGUGCAACAAGCAAGAUAUCCCCAUGGCCAAGUCGGCCAAACUGAUUCAACAGCAGCUGGAGAAGGAAAUGAACACGCUGCGGGUGACCCGGUCGGCGGUGCUGAGCGCGCAGGACGGCUCCGUUGGGGGCAGCGUGUUCCUGGGGAAGAAGGGCAAGGACUUUGAGUUCAGCCAGCUGCCCAUGAAGGUGGAGUUCCUGGAGGUCAGCGCCCGGGGCAGCAAGGGAGAGGAGGGAGAGGCCAGCCUGGAGAGCCUGGAGAAGAGCCUGGCCCGGCUGUAGAGCUCCACCGUCCCCCCGUCCCCCGCCACGGCCCGCUCCUCAACCCCCUGCAUCGUAUGCCUCCCGGGCGCCGACCGGUUUGAACUGGACUCCUCCUCCUCCUCCCCUCUCAAUCAGGGCGGGCGAGAACAGACUCUGGGUGUCUUCAUUCAACCAACUGCCUGGUGUUGGCGACAGAAUGGUUUAUUAUUAUGAGUUUCUGAAUACAAGUUCAGUAAAGAUACGCGAAGGUCGUAGGGGCCUUCCAACAGGAUCUUUCAUUGUUUUGAUUUUAUUUGACCGGAGUACAGAAAUAAACUUUUUCCCCAACGAACUCCGAGCAGCACUCGAGGAAACGACCUCUUUCCUACGUUUUGGGAUGAGACCACGCCGUAGCUGCAUGGGUGAUAUAUUUAAUGCAACACGUACUUCCACAUCACAACGUAACUAUCUGCAAUCUCAAAGAGUUUACACUGCUUGAAAGCUGAAGGUUGUAAACCCCAGAAUCACCUGGUAAUGCACAACAUUUUAAUGAAUGCUUUGGUUUCCUUUUUUAAGUAGUCAAGUGCAAAGUAUUUGACUACCUUUUAGAUCGUGCCUUGUUAUUUUAAACGAAUGGUUCAUGGCUGUCUGCACGACUCUGGGGUUGUGUUUAUCAUUUCAGUGCUGUGACUUUUGUAAAGAGUGUCUGCAUUUGUAGGAACCGGAGAGAAUGUGGUCCUGUUGUCGUCUUACGUUUGUUUACUCCUUGUAAAUAAAUUGUCUGAACAUUG